CAACCUUGCCAUGUUACAACUUCUCCCACUCAUGUCAUCAUCUACGUACCCCCAUUUCUCCUCUUUUUCCCUUUUCUCUUUUUGUUAUACCUAUAAUUGCCAAAAGUGUGACUGUGUGUAUGCAGUAUAUAUAUAUAUAUAUAUCUAUUACACCCACAUGCCUUCCCACUUCCAUCCCCACCCAAACUCAUCUAUACUAAUAUUGCACAUUCCCCUCCUCUCAUCCUAUCUCUCUCCCCCCCUCCAUAUUAGAAGCUAAAUCAUCAUCAUGUGUUCCUCAAAGUCUAAACUGAAACACAGCAGCAGUAUGAAUGGGCGGGCCGUCCUUCACCCUAACUCCAAUCGCACCCCUCUCCUGGAGAGGCGCAAUUCCUUCGAUAUCGCCCUACUCAACACCACCUCCUCUCCAACCAAUACCAAUCCCAAUACUAUUACUCCCGACUCCACUUUACCCCCUCAACUCCUCAACAAUAAGAAUAGGUACACCCCUCCCGCAUCUCCCACCAAACCCAAACCCAAACCCAAAUCACCCACAGUACCACCCCUCCUCAAUAUUAAGAGAAUUUACCCCAACCCUCCUCCUAAAUCCAAUUCCAAGACACCUUCUACGGAUCCUCAAUCUUCUUCUGACCUCGCACCCGGAAGCAUUGCAGCAGCACGAAGAGAGCAGGUGGCCAUUUUUCACGAGCAAAGGAAAUUGCGCAUAGCUCAUUAUGGAAGGACCGCCCCCAAGUCCUCACCCCCAAAUAAUAACAACGAUCGCUAUUCUUGCAACCUUACUGCUAAUAAUUCUGCCCCUGUUCAACAAGAGAAGAGAUGCAGUUUCAUCACCCCUAAUUCAGAUCCCAUCUAUGUGGCCUACCACGACCAAGAAUGGGGGGUGCCUGUCCAUGAUGAUAAAUUGCUGUUUGAAUUGCUGGUUUUGACUGGCGCGCAAGUAGGAUCAGAUUGGAGUUCGGUGUUGAGGAAGAGACAAGAUUAUAGGGAUGCUUUUUCAGGAUUUGACGCGGAAAUUGUUUCCAAGUACUCAGAAAAGAAGAUGAGCUGGAUGAGUGGUGAAUAUGGUAUGGAGUUGAGCCUAAUCAGGGGAGUGGUGGACAACUCUAAAAGGAUCCUUGAGAUAAAGAAGGAAUUUGGAUCAUUUGACAAGUAUCUAUGGGGAUUUGUGAACGAGAAGCCAAUGGUGACGCAAUACAAGUGGUUGCACAAGAUUCCGGCCAAGACCUCAAAAUCGGAGACGAUAAGCAAGGACAUGGUAAGGAGGGGGUUCCGGCUGGUGGGACCCACCGUGAUACACUCGUUCAUGCAGGCGGCUGGUCUCACCAACGACCACUUGAUCACCUGUCCUAGACACUCUCAAUGCCUCGACUCAUUCAUCCAUGCAGCUACCUAGCUAGCCAGAAUACCGCCCCACUCUGACUGCCCCAUACAUAUACUAAGCUACCUACUUGUAUACCUUAUAUAUAUUAUAUAUUGUUAACUAGAGAAUGAUCAUAUGAUUCAUGAGAGAGAGAGAGAGAGAGAGGGUACCUAGCUAGUACACAAAUUAUGUUAUUAAUUAACUCAUGCAGUAAUUAAUUAAUCAAUUUACGUACUAUUAUUUUGACUUGUAACUUUUAAAAAAAAAACUAAAGAAAGUGAAUGAAUUGGGUGGUGCAAGUGUUUGGGAGACAGAAGAGAAAGCGGGGACGAGGAGGCAUGUGCGGUGGGGCCGGCGGGAAUGAAGAGUUGUCAUGAUUCAUCAUGACAUGACCACCCUCCUCCAAGGGCUUCUUUAAUAUUAUUUGCUUUGCCAGCACAAACAUAAUUCUCAACAGCCUGGUCAUGUUGCAUUGUUUUGGGGUAUUAAUUUGUAAUAUUAUUGUGUUUCUCAUGUUUUUGUUUCUAAUUAGACAAUGAGUUGACUAUAUAUUUGAGGAGGCAAACACAAAUUAAGUGGGUGUGCCUUGUGUCCCGUCUCAAUCUCAGCCUCAAGUUUGCGAUGGAGCGAUGUGUGUUUUGGUGUUAAUAAUAAUUAUGGUUGGAUUUGUAUUUGUA